UCGUCAAUGUGUAUAUUUUUACUAACAGCUCUGAGUCAUUCUUCGGUCACGCUAAGCAAACCAUAUAUGUGAUGCUGUGAAAAUUAGUGACAAAAGCAAAUAGCUUGCUGUGUAUAGACUUGUACAGGAAGGUAGAUGCUAGGAUCUGCAAAUAUUAGACUUAGUUUUCUAUACGCGGCAGAUAAGCCAGCCCGGGCCGGCGGAGUACCGUCACACCGCACUACUGCCAGGACAAACAUAAUCAAGUCGUAAUUCACACGAUAGUGUCUGUGUUAGCUAUAUAUACUGCAACCGUGUGUGGUGAUUAACACAUUUGUCGCAAGUUUUCAUUAAUCAACCUGGGUUUUUAUUAUAAAAGACGCAAGUGAAUUAUUCUUCAACAAGCUUCCAAUAUAGGAAGCCAUAAAAGGUCGCACAUUGAUCCGUCAUGGAGGAACCGCAUCCUGUUAUUUUGGAACGCGAUGCGGAGAUGCGGCCAUUGGACGGCGUGAAAUGGCGCGGAUGUAACAAGGAGUCCCGCUGCGAGCUGUGGCGAGUGGCGGCGGCGGAGGCUUGCGGCACGGCACUGCUAGUCCUACUGUCGUGCAUGCCGGGCUGCGCCGCGGACGCUGCGCACUCAUCGUUGCUGCAACGCUCUCUGACGGCAGGCCUCCUGGUUGCACUGAUUGUGCAGUGCUUCGAUCACGUGUCUGGAGCUCAUCUCAAUCCUACUGUCACUUUGGCGGCGGCUCUGUCUGGAAGAGUUCCCACACUUCGAGCGAUAAUUAUGUGUAUUUCACAGCUGAUAGGGGGAGUGCUCGGCGCUGGGGUUCUUUAUCUGCUCGCGUCGCCAGCCGGGCGGGCCUGCGUCACUAAGCCCGCAAGCUUCAUCUCUAUUUAUCAGGCGUUGGCGAUUGAGACUCUGUUGGGUCUGUGCCUGGCGCUCGCCAACCUGGCGUCGUGGGACGCGCGCAACCGACACCUCAUCGACUCGUGGCCGCUGCGUAUCGGCUUCAUCGUCGCCGCGCUCUCGCUGACUGCUGGUGACUUGACCGGGGCCAGCAUGAAUCCAGUCCGCAGCUUCGCGCCAGCUUUGAUAAAUGGAGAAUGGGAAGCUCUCUGGGUGUACGUGGUGGGUCCGCUGUGCGGGUCGUGCGCGUGCGCGGCGCUGUACGCGUUUGCGUGGCGCGCGGCGCCCGACGCGGCCGCCCGCGACGCGUCCCCCCCGCCGCGCCGCCGCGCGCGCCCCGCGCCCGCGCCCUCGCCCGCGCCGCUCGCGCCGGCUGCGUCGCCUCACAAGGCGCAUCUCUACGCGUGACAACUUGUGACGCGAGAAGACCGAGCCCGUGUUCGGUGCUGACGUUCGAUUACUCUAGUGAUAUCACUAGUCGUAUGCGUACUGCCGUGUUCGUUUUGGAUAAGGUGAUGUUCGCCGCUGAGCUGUAGUAGCCGCACUAUGUAGUAUUACAGCGCAUGGUCUUGAUGAGAAAAAAUUUAAAGAGAAAAACAAACGAGCUCAGCGAUUGUACCUUGCAAGGUCGUUGCACACGAUACACAGUUCAGAUACGUGCAUGUAGUAUGUAAGAACCUACAUGUAUAAGAAAUAAGAAUAAAGAUGCGACAUUAUGUUGACCGAACACACA